GUUACCUGAGCCGUGUAGAGAAAAAAAGCAUGAAAAGCACAAACCUUUGCAUACUUCUGCCAAAUUCUUGAAAAUGUCCACAAAUAUUGAAGCAGAAAAGGCUGAAAAUGCCGCUGAGAUUGAAAUGCAGUUUGCAGUUAAAGCUGUUGAGCAAGCGCAGAUCUACUGGAGUCUUUUAGGCAUGCGUAAAGGAACCGAAUUGCGUCUCACGAAGUACGAUGACGAAAUUUUUGAAGACUUGAAGAAAACGUUUCCUGAGUUUGAGGACCCCAAGACCGCUGAAUUCGUCAAUGAGGAGGAAAUGAAGUCUGCCAAGGGUAAGGCAGCCUGGCGCCCUUUCAUGAUGCGUUACCAAAAGAAAAUCGAUGAUUACAAUUUUGGUACCUUACUCCGUGUCCGCAAUACCGACGAAUAUGAACAGGAUACUACCAUUUUUGUUCCUCGUAUGCAAUUUUUUGCUUUUGAGAUUGCUCGCAAUAAGUACGGUUUAAAUGACUGGAUCUGCAAAAAGUAAAAAUUUGGAGGGUUUAAAAAGAUAUAAUAAAAGUUUAGCUCUUUAUUCUGGGUCACUUUAUGUCGUAAAUUAUACGGUAUCGUAGACAUUGUUUUAUUGUUUGUUUACAGAGGUAACCUAUGUGUUUUUCAGAGCUUUCAGGGUGUUCGAUCGCAUUUCCAAAAAAUAAAUAAAUAAAUAAAUAAACAUAAUUAAAAAAUUAAAG